AUGUUGGCCACCUCCACCUGGGCAGGCAGCGCGACCGCCACCCCUGGCGGGGGCAUGAUGCUGCCCCUCGGGGGAUCGCCACCCACCGCUGCGCCUCGUCUCUCGUGGGACCCCGCUGGCGUUGCGGAUCGCGACACCGCGGAGGGCGAUCCGCAGCUGCAGAUGCAGCUCAGGCUGCUUCGAGACAGCCUCGCCACGCAGCGCGACCAGGUGGCCCCAGGCCAGGAGGGGCGCCACCCCAGCCAACCCCCGCUGCAGCAGCAUCAGCACCAACCACAGCAGCAGCUGCAGCAGCAGCAGCAGCAAAGGCAUGAGAGUCAGCUACACACUGAUUGGCACGAGUCGCAACAGGGCGGCGGCGGCUCCUGGGCACCCGACGCACCGAUUCGCACGCUCCCCCUGCGUCGGGCGCAGCCGGGCCAUUGCGCGGCUGCCGACCCCUGGGCGGGCGCGGCGGCGGCGCUGAGCCGGGGCGCGAGCCCUGAGCCGCCGCUUGACAACGCGUCGCCGCACGGAGGCCUGUGGGGACCGCCGCGGGUGCAGGACGUCGCAGGCAGCCCAGCUGCAGCGCCCGGCGCCGCAGACGCUGACAGCCUCGCGCACGCGCGGCUGCGCCUGCCGCGGCUGCACAUCGAGCGUGCGUCUCCGCCGCAGGCGGCGUCCGCGCUUGCGCCACUGGGGCGCCACGCGUCUCCAGGCGUGGCUGCCGGGUUGAGCGACGCGUGGGGCGCAGCCGACGGCGGCAGCCCGCAAGGCUACGAAGGCAGCGGCAGUGGCAGUUGGGCCGCGCCGAGCCUGAACCAGCGGCCGGCGCAGCCGUCGGCACCGCUCGGGGCGCAGCGGCAGGGGUCCGGCUCGUUCGUCGGGGCGCCGCGGUCGCCAUUCCCUGGCCACAUUGGCGGGGACAGCCGGCCCGGCGGCAGCGGGCUGUUUGGGCCUGGCGGGCCGCUGCCAGUCAGCCGCCAGAGCUCCUUCAGUUCCACAUUUGGGCCCGGCAGAAGCCUAGCAGGGGGCAGCCCCGCGGGCGACAGCAUCCGUGGCGGCGGCGCGGGGAGCGGCAGCUUGCUGGGCGGCAGCCCUGCUGGCGGCAGCGUCGGCGGCAGCCACUUGGGUGGCAGCCAACUGUGCGGCAGCCUGGCUGGCGGCAGCCCGCUGGGCGGCAGCCUGGCUGGGGGCAGCCCGCUGGGCGGCAGCCUGGCUGGCGGCAGCCCGCUGGGCGGCAACGCACUGGGUGGCAGCCCUGGCCCUGGGUUGCGCCACUCGCAUCUCUCCAGCACCUGGGACUGGCCCCAGCGCUCCUGCGGCAGCGCCGCCGCUGCCGCCGCGCCAGACACGUGGCCGCAGCAGUCCGCGAGGCCGGCUGCCAUUCAGGGCUGGGGCGGCGGCGGCCAGGCGGCCGGCGCGGGCGUGGGCGCGGGCGCCGCGUUGGCUGUGGGUGGGGGUGGCGGGGUGGAUGAAAGCGAGGGCGCCCUGGAUUGGGGGGACUCGAGGCUGGACCAGGUCAUCCUGCCUCUGGGCAGCUCUCCCAGGGGUGGCAGCCCUGUCUCACGCCCUCCCCCGCGGCCUGCAGACUGCGAGCAGCAGCAGCGGCGGCAGCACCAACAGAAGCAGCAGCAACAGCAGCAGCAGCAGCAGCAGCAGCAGCAGCAGCAGCAGCAGCAGCUGGCGGGCAGUUGGCCGCAGAGUCUGGCGCCAGCAGUGAGCGCGGCUGCUGCGGCGCCGGCGACCUCUGAUGCCAGCGAGUGUGGCGUCGGCAGUUACAACGGCAGCGGCUCCGGCAGGCUGCGCGAAGGGGGUGCGCUGGGCGCGUCAUCUCGGGUGCCAUCGCUCCCGGUAUCAAUGCCCAUGGCCUCACCCGCGCACAUGCACCACGCUGGCACCCCCCACGACGGCCCGUACGCGACCGCAGCGGCCGCGGCUGCACACCUCCAGCAGCAGCAGCAGCAGCACCAGCAGUCAGCACUGCAGGCCGCCGCCGCCGCGGCGGUCGCACAGGCCCAAGCCCACCAAGGUGUGUCCCUGCCCCCCCACGUCGUCGCCGGCAUCGCGGCAGGCCUG